CAUAUUGUAUUCCGUAGUUUUGUCCAAAUAUGUGUAUACGACUAUACGAGUAUGUCCUGAAAAUAAAUUAUUUAAAGAAAAAAAAUAAAUUAAAAACUAGUUUAGCGAACCCAACCACAAAAGUGUUGAAGUCUUCCUACUUGAAAAUUCAAGUCUACCAAGCUCCCCAGCGGUAGAUCACAGUAUUCAUCAUCCUCCAAAGCUUGAUGAAGAAGCUUUGAUCAAUUCAUCAUAACUCCCAUCUUCAAUCUUCCUUAACAAUUCUUUAAAAUGCCCAGAUUUUCUUGUGAUUUCAGAUGGCUUCUUCUUGUUGCUGCCGUCGCAUUUAUCUACAUCCAGAUGCGGCUGUUUGCUACGCAAUCGAAGUAUGCUGAUCGCCUGGCUGCUGCGGUGGAGGCCGAAAAUUAUUGUACAAGACAGACACGGUUAUAUAUUGAUCAAAUAAGCAUGCAACAAGGACAGAUUGUGGCAUUAAAAGAUGAGAAAAGGCGCAGAGAUGAAGAAACAGCCCAGCUGAGAGCUCUUGUCCGAGAUCUUGAGAGAAAAGGUCUUCAACGAUUGAAUGGGAAACUAGAGGUGCCAGUGGCAGCAGUUGUGGUGAUGGCCUGCAAUCGCGCUGAUUACUUGGAAAGAACUGUCAAUUCUAUUUUGAAAUAUCAUGGUUCUGUUGCAUCAAAGUACCCACUUUUUAUAUCCCAGGAUGGACCAGACUCAAAAGUCAAAAGUAAGGCAUUGACUUUCAAUCAAAUAACGUAUAUGCAGCAUCUGGAUUAUGAAGCCAUUCGUACAGAGAGACCUGGAGAAUUGAUUGCAUACUAUAAAAUUGCACGUCAUUACAAGUGGGCACUGGACAAGUUGUUCUACAAGCACAAUUUCAGCAAAGUGAUCAUUCUUGAAGAUGACAUGGAGAUUGCCCCUGAUUUUUUUGAGUAUUUUGAGGCUGCAGCAGGUUUACUUGACAGAGAUAGGUCAAUCAUGGCUGUUUCCUCCUGGAAUGAUAAUGGACAAAAGCAGUUUGUGCAUGACCCUUAUGUACUUUAUCGAUCUGAUUUCUUUCCUGGGCUUGGAUGGAUGUUAUCGAAAGAUACAUGGGAUGAAUUAUCCCCAAAGUGGCCCAAGGCUUACUGGGAUGAUUGGUUGAGACUGAAAGAGAAUCACAAGGGUCGACAAUUUAUAAGACCAGAAGUUUGCAGAACGUAUAAUUUUGGCGAGCAUGGUUCCAGUCUAGGGCAGUUUUUCAGCCAAUACCUUGAGCCAAUUAAGCUCAAUGAUGUGGAUGUUAAGUGGAAGUCAAUGGAUUUAAGCUACCUGAUGGAGGACAACUAUAUAGAAUACUUUGCCAGCCUUGUGAAAAAGGCUAAACCAAUAUAUGGUGCUGAUGCUGUAGUGAAGGCCAAUGGUGUAGAUGGUGAUGUACGCAUUAAGUACGAGGAUCAGCCAGAGUUUGAAAGCAUUGCCAGACAGUUUGGUAUUUUUGAAGAAUGGAAGGAUGGUGUUCCCAGGGCAGCAUACAAGGGAGUAGUAGUUUUCAGAUAUCAGAGUUCAAAGCGUGUCUUCCUUGUUGGCCCAGAUUCCCUAAAGCAACUUGGAAUAGAGACAUCCUGAAUUUAUACAGGUGAAUCUCCUGUCACACUAAUCAGACGAAGGGUUUUGGCAAAAUUCCACUUAUAGAACAUGAUUGAAGGGUCUGUGAAUGUCUACAGUGCUGUUUCAAGGUCUGCCAAUGCUCAAGCUUCAUUGUUCAGAUUCUGUGCUACUGUUCAACAGACGCAACCUAAGUUGGACCCAAGCAACUCCUAAGAUUUGUAGGUGUCUUGGAUAGUUGUAUAUUGGGCUGUAAUCAUGAUAGUUGGAGCCCUGGAGAUAGUGAUAUUGUAGGUUUUAAUUUGUAGAGCCUUCUUGUAAUGCUGCUACCCUAAAUUUUGGACUGGCUUAAUAUCAUAGUAUCAUACCAUGAGAGACAAUUAUUGAUGUGACAAGAAUAUUAGUGUAGUUUCAUUCUCAACUGAAAAUUUGGUUUACCUUUGUUCCUAGUAUUCUAAAAAUAUGUACACAAUUGAGAUACAUAGUAAAUUAACUAGGAACUACUUAUUCAUUAUUACAUUGAUAAUCUGAUAUUCAUAUUUAA